AGUGAAAAGCACCUGACUUGUCAAAAUAACUCUCUAUUGCAUGUUGUCACUUUGUAAGUUUCAUAGGUCGUUUCAGCGUCUUGAUAUCAUUUCAUAUGAUUUAUUUGAUAUAUUAUAGAUAUAUUAGUGUUUAAACUAGCGGUUGCUCCAUGGCCAGUUCCUUUCCAACUGUACCCGAGCUGGUUGCGGAGGCUCGGCGUUUGUAUGGGCAGGAGUUCGGGGAAGAGGCUCCUCUGACGGCGGUGUGUGCUCCUGGAAGAGUCAACCUGAUAGGGGAGCACACUGACUACAACCAGGGAUUUGUACUUCCAAUGGCGCUGCCCCUGGUGACUGUGGUGGUAGGGCGUCAAACCUCUGGCCAGGAUGUUACCGUGGUAACGGCAGCUGAGGAUGCUGAUGAGCCGUGGAGGGUGGACUUCAGCCUGUCCAGUGAUGGAUCGCCACUGUCUCCAGGGUUACCCAGCUGGGCAAACUAUGUGAAGGGUGUUAUAUGCCAUUACAGGGCUCCUCCUGUCCCAGGUUUCAGGGCAGUGAUAGCCAGCAGUGUCCCCCUGGGAGGAGGGCUGUCCAGUUCUGCCUCUCUGGAAGUGGCUUUCUACACAUUCCUGCAGCAGCUCAAGCCAGAUGAUGGAGACAAGGUUUCUAAAGCAGUCGCCUGUCAGCAGGCAGAACACACUCAUGGUGGUGUACCCUGUGGCAUUAUGGACCAGUUUGUGUCUGUUCUCGGCAGGGAGGGGCAUGCUCUGCUCAUUGACUGCAGGUCCCUGGAGGCCACCCCCGUCCCCCUGUCAGAUCCAGGUCUGGUCAUUCUCAUCACCAACUCCAAUGUGAAACACUCUCUGACUGGCAGUGAGUACCCCAUGAGACGCAGACAGUGUGAGAUGGCUGCCUCCGUCCUGGGAAAGGACAGUCUCAGAGAUGCUACCAUGAAGGACCUGGAGGAGGCACAGGACAGACUGGAUGACGUAACCUAUCAAAGAGCUCGUCAUGUGAUAGAGGAGAUAGACAGGACUGCCCGAGCCGCUGAAGCCCUGAAGAGAGGAGCCUACAAAGAAUUCGGCAAGCUCAUGGUGGAGAGCCACAACUCCCUGAGAGACUUGUACGAGGUGAGCUGCGUGGAGCUGGAUGAGCUGGUGUCGGCAGCCAUGGAGGUGGAGGGGGUGUUUGGCAGCCGGAUGACAGGUGGAGGAUUCGGCGGAUGCACUGUGACUCUGUUGCAGGCCCACGCCAUCGAGAGGACUAUACUACACAUCCAGGAGCGAUACAAAGGAACCCCGACUUUCUAUGUCACAACCCCUUCAGAGGGAGCUCGGGCUCUCAGUCUGUCCUGACCUCUGCCUACACAUCUCUGCUGUAUAAGCACAACAGAUUCAUUCCUCUUUGCAGGCUUUACUAUUUGAUUGUUUAUUUCAUUUUCACUAUUAAGAAUAAAAUGAUAUGCUGUUAUGCAGACUAGAGCUAAUUGAAAAGCAUUUUGUUUCUUUGGAAAAAGUGCCUUCACAGUUAAAAAAACAUUGCUUUCUGGUGCUUUAUCAAGAUAACUUGUAGCAGCUGUUUGUAUAAUUACGACAUGUACGUACUGUGAAUACAGGCUACAUUUUAUAUUACUUCCUUGGAAUAAAUCAUGUUAAGUCUAAGCGCUUUUAUUAACCUUGCUUCCGGCAGCAACAGGCAGCUGAUUUCAGCAGAAAACCCCCCAAAGAGUGCUAAUAAAGCCACUAUACACUAUCUACACAGCCCCAAAAAGCAGACAGACUCAAUGGGUGAACCUAGUGCUGGUUCUGGGCUGGUGCUAGUGCUGGCUCAGAGUUGGUUUAACUUUUUCAUGGGUUAGAGAGCCACCACAGAGUCACAUGUUAGCUAUUGUUACCACAGUUACUCUAGCUGGUUAUUUGCAAGAAUCUACCAGGCCUGAAUGAAAGCAACCUAUCAGAACCAAGAAAGAUCGUUUAAAUACAG